AUGUGUAAAAAGGAUUGCGUCUUCUUUGGAUUCAACAGUCUAAUGAAGAAAUGCCGUACCCAUAAGAAAAUAUUAAAGUCUGAGCUCUCUGAUGAGGCCGGUUGGAGAUACUACUCGGAUAACGAUUUUUCUAGCAUGCCCAAAGAUUGCAAGGAUCUUCGAGAAAAUGGACAAAACAUCACAGGGGUGUAUGAUAUAUACCCCUACAGAACAUUAACCAUUCCAAUAAGUGUGUACUGCGACAUGACCACGAUGGGCGGUGGAUGGACGGCAAUUCAGAAACGCGUAGACGGAUCCGUGAGAUUUAACAGGACCUGGACGGAAUAUAAAAAUGGCUUUGGUUCUCCAGCACAGAACGUCUGGAUUGGAAAUGACGUAAUCCAUAAAUUAACAAAAGAAAACACCUCAUCCCUGUAUGUGUCCAUCACUCUCCAGAAUGGUACAACGCUGUAUGAAAUGUACGACCGAUUCUCUGUCUCCAAUGAAACAGGAAAAUCUUUCUUGCAGGACCUGCCACGGGGACACUAG